CGCCUGGGAUUGUACAUAAAACUCGUGAAAGAAAGAAGUCGAAAAGGCAGGAACUAACGAAACUAGAGAAGAGGGAAGACGGGUGGGUGGAGGUAAAGUUUGGAGAAUUCUUGAACGAUGGAGGGUUCAUGGAUGCUCGCGAUGAACUGACAUCAAGUAUACAUCAUUCAAGGCACUGAAUUCUGGCCUGUAUAAAAUCUCGGAUCCGGUUUUGGCUGGUGAGUUCGGUGUUAACUAUUUAACAAAACAUAAUGUAACAGUGUGUUUUUUUAUUAUGUUUAGUCGUUCUCACACGAACCAAUUCAAUAAGAGACUGUUUUCAAAAAAAAAAAAUUAUUUUUCAAGAGAGUGAUUUCGAGUUAACUUAUAAAAGAGAUAAAUGAGUUGAUCCAUCAACUUUUGUAGAAAGGGAUUAGAUUGAAACAUUUCAAAAAAUCUCCACUUUCUACGGCCUUCCAUUUAAAAAGAAAAUAUAUAUACUAACUAUAGAAAAUUUGCUAAAAGGUUUGUUAAUUAAAAUAAUAAUAGAAUAAAUCCUAUUAUUACAGUAUAAUUUAGAUAUAUAUAUAUAAAUAUAAGAUCGAUAUAUUGUAAAGUAUUUUUAAAAUAAAAAUAGCUUCGUUAUAAAAUUUAUGAAGUAUUAACUAAUCCAUAAAUAUUUCUUUGAAUAAAAUACUCGGCCAAUUUUUUUUUUUACGUCGAUACUCAAAGCCAAUUACUGUGUUGCCAACUGCUUAUCUUUUACAUACAUCACAUAACCUUCAAUAAAUCAGCAAACCAAACGAUAACGCGUAACCUGAAGGAGAGAACGACGCACACGGCAAGAAGGGUAAUUUCGUAAAAUACACGACUACCACGGGUCUUCUUUUUUUCAUUACAAAUCAUUCUUCUUUCACCGUUUGAUCACAGAAGCGACUUUAGAACAAAUUUUAAGAUUCCAGGUGAUGGAGGCAACGAUGGGGCAAAGUCAUGGCAGAGAAAGCAUCAUCUCCGGGCCGUCACCGUUCGAUACAUUGCCGGUGGAUUGCAUCUCCAGCAUUAUCUCCUUCACGAGUCCACGAGACGCUUGCAACGCCGCUUCUGUUUCGAAAACGUUAGAAUCCGCGGCUAAGUCCGAUAGCCUAUGGGAGAAGUUUCUUCCAUUGGAAUAUACAUCUCUGAUUCCACAAUACCCGCGAGUUUUCUCGUCCAAGAAGGAGCUCUAUUUCGCUCUCUGCGAUGACCCUCUUCUCAUCGAAGAUGGCAAAAAGAGCUUCAGGUUAGAGAAAGCGAGUGGGAAAAGAUGUAUUAUGAUAUCUCCAAAGGAAGUGUCAAUCACAUGGGGAAGUAGUCCCGAACAUUGGCAAUGGAUAUCAAUUCCUGAAUCUAGGUUUGAAAAAAUAGCUGAGCUAAUCGAUGUAUGUUGGUUUGAGAUUCGUGGAGGGAUGCACACUCGUUACCUAUCUCCCGGAACUCGUUACUCGGUUUACAUCGUGUUCAAGACAAAGAACGGAUGUCCUGGAUUGGGAGAUUUGCCGGUAGAUGCUGGAGUUGGGUUAGUUGGACAAGAGUCUCCUCAAAAGUUGAUAUACUUUGUUGGGCCUCGUGGUCGUGAUCGAAGGAGAGAUGUAACGAGGCCAGAGGCGAGGGACGAUGGGUGGAUGGAAGCUGAACUUGGUCAGUUCUACAAUGAUUCUUGUUGUGAUGAUAUCUCGCUAAGUGUUGGUAAGACCAACACUCCUGAUUGGAAAAGUGGUUUGAUCAUUCAAGGAUUUGAAUUUCGCCCUGUGAAAACCCGGUAAAUUGUUAUAUCAUGUUUCUUGUGAUGGAACGGUUUCUAGUUCAACGAUUUUCCGUUGUAUUUCAUGUCUAAUAAGUGAUAACCUUUGGUGUAUUGUAAAUUUUUUUGAAUCUUCAGUUUUCUGAAUCUUCAGCUUUUUGGAAUGUAAUGUUUGAAUGGUUUGA